AGGGAAAUUAACCGAUUCUAGUAGUCGACGGAGGUGGAGUCUGGAGAGGGAGAAGAAAGAGGAGAGGAGGAAAGAGAAAAAAGCAGACACAACAGAAACGGGGGGAGGACGGCGGAGCGAUUACGUAAAUUUUGAUUUAGUUACAACUAAUUAAAGUGUCGCAACGAGGAGAGUGGAAGAAACCAAGAUGAUAACGCCUUACUUCCUUGAGAAUUUCUGGGGAGAAAAAAACAAUGGAUUCGACGUCCUCUACCACAACAUGAAGCAUGGCCAGAUGUCCUCUAAGGAGCUGUCUGAGUUCAUCAGAGAAAGGGCUACUAUCGAGGAGGUGUAUGCAAGAUCGAUGACCAAACUCGCCAAGUCAGCCAGCAACUUCUCCCAGCUGGGGACGUUCGCUCCGGUGUGGGACGUGUUCAAGACCUCCACGGAGAAGCUGGCCGGCUGCCACAUGGAGCUGGUCAGGAAGCUGCAGGAGCUCAUCAAGGAGGUGCAGAAGUACGUGGACGAACAGGCCAAAGCUCACAAGAAGACAAAGGAGGAAGUGGCGUCCACGCUGGAGGCAGUCCAGAGCAUCCAGACCACCUCGCAGGCGCUGCAGAAGGCCAAGGAGAACUACAAUGCCAAGACGGUGGAGCACGAACGCCUCCGCAAGGAGGGGGCCACCCAGAGAGACGCCGACAAGGCGGGAGUGAAGGCCAAGAAGGCCACAGAGACCUACAAAUCCUACGUCGAGAAAUAUGCCACGGCCAAGUCUGAGUUUGAACAGAAGAUGGCAGAGACUGCACAGAAAUUUCAAGACAUUGAAGAGAGCCACAUUGUCCACAUGAAGGAGAUCAUCCAAUCGUACUCCCAGUCCGUCGACGAGACACACGUGCAGAUCGGAGUGGAUCACACAGAGUUUCUAAGGAACAUGGAGAACACGUCGGUGGAGAGUUUGAUACAAAAACUGGUGGAAAGCAAAGGAACGGGAAAGGAGAGGCCAGGGCCCAUCGAGUUUGAGGAGUGCAACACAGCUAUUGCCACGGAAGGAGCCAAACCCAGGAAGAGGAAGACUUUUGCUAUCCCAGGACGCAGAAAAGACAAGGACACAGACUCCACAGAAUCCACUGAAGUUGAAGCUACUAACGCUGCCAAUGGAGUACCCCCAGGGUACAAUGGGAACAUAGACAUCCAAAACGCUAAUGUUCCCCAGGUUGACGAAGACGGUUUCUGUAUCAGGCCCGAGGUCAAUGAAAAUGAUGCCAAAGAGAACUCUUUCUACUCGUCAAGUGACUCCGAGGAUGAGGACGAGCCCAAGAAGUUCCACGUGGAGAUCAAGCCGGUGCAGCCCAACAACGGGACCAUCCAGAGCCGUGCCACGAUCGACGAGCUCAAGGCCUCCAUUGGGAACAUCAGCCUAUCGCCCUCCGCCAUGAGUCAGAUUCGGAGGAAUCAAUCCAGUUCGGGGGGGUCAGCAGGGUUCGCCCCCCGCAGAAUAGGCUCAGUCCCUAAGGCUCAGGUACCAGGUGAUGAGCUGGGAAAGACCAGGAUGCCAACAUCUUAUAAUGACAGCAGACUGACCAACAGUGACCUGCUGUCGCUGGAUCCGUUUGGCCCCUCCCCUGGAGCCGGCUCCUCCCCCUCCGUCGCCUCAUCUGCAGACCUCGCUUCCCUUUUCCUCCCCGCUCCUCCUUCUCCGUGUCUCCAUCCGAACGACUUAGAUGUCUCUCUCCCAGGAGAGCCAGCGCCCCCUCCAGCUGAGGUGGUGUCAGAGCAAGAGCUCUCCCCCCACAUUGCUCAAAGCCUGCAGCAGCCCAACAUUGGUGCCUCUCCCCUCCAAUCCUCGGCCACCUCCACCUCUCCCUGGGACUCCCUGGAUGAACCCUUCCUGGGGCUGAGGCCCAUCCCAGCCAGGGCCCAUAGCGCCCCCCUCACCAGGCCCAUGGAGCCCCUGGAACCCUCCCAGAGCCCAGCACUAGUCCCAACCCGGGCCACAGCCACCCAGCCUCAGAGUGCAGACGCCUUCUCCUCCGUCUCCUGGUCCAAGAGCCAGUGGAUCGCCUUCAAUGAUGACUUUGUGCCAUUACGCCGCCAGACCAUUAGCGGUGGGGGGGUGAGGGACCCCCCCAGGCCCCAGUCCAUCCCCCCCACCUUUCCUCCCUCGGGGAGGCCACCCCGCUUCUUCUCUGACGACCCCGCCGACCCCUACAACAGGGUGUCUCUGGGCAGUGGGGCAAAGGUUAGGUUAGGGGAGCCAAACAGCACCACCGGUGACCAGGAUAUCUACGCUCCACUGGCAGCAGCUACAAUCAGCCAGAUCACCAACGUGCCUGUCCCCAACCGCCCCACCACCCCCCUGGCUGCUGGAGCCCUGGUGCCCCCCCCUAGACCCUCGUCCAGGCCCAAGCUGCCCACCAGCAAGCUCACUGGCAUCAAUGAGAUUGUGCGGCCGUUUAGCCCGCCCAAGGCGACGUCCAACGCCAGCCCACCUCCGGCACCGCUGGCUCGGGCAGAGAGCUCCUCCUCUCUGUCCUCCAACGCCUCUCUGAGCGCGAGCAACACGCCCACAGUGGGGCCGGAGCGUGCCCUCGCUCCCUCGUCCUCCUCUCCAGGCCCGGAGCUCCUCCUCUCCCUCUCUCCCUUCCUCCUCCUCAGUCAGAAGGACGAUGGCUUCAUAGCCAAGCUGCCCACCUUUGAGAAGCGCUGUGAAACGCCCGCAGGGACAUCUCGCGGACCCAGCCCGGUGACCCUGGCUUCCCAGGAUGCUUUGCCCAUCGCUGUGGCCUUCACAGAAUCUGUUAAUGCCUACUUCAAAGGAGCUGAUCCUACUAAGUGCAUAGUGAAGAUCACCGGAGACAUGACGCUCUCCUUCCCCAUGGGCAUCAUGAAGGUGUUCACCACCAACCCCUCCCCCACCGUGCUCACCUUCAAACUGAGGAACACCAGAAAGCUGGAGCAGAUCCUGCCCAAUCAGCAGCUACUAUACAGCGACCCCUCACAGAGCGACUCCAACACCAAGGACUUCUGGUUCAACAUGCCGGCCCUGACAUCGUACCUAAGGAAGUCCUCAGAGCAGAACCCCACAGCCUCCUACUACAACGUCGACAUCCUCAAGUACCAGGUGGUGUCCAAUGGUAUCCAGUCCACCCCUCUGAACCUUGCGGUGUACUGGAAGUGCACGGCCACCACCACCGACCUGCGCCUCGACUACCGCUACAACCCGGAGUCCAUGACUUGCCCCGGCACGCUCACCAACCUCCAGGUCCUAGUGCCCGUAGAUGGAGGGGUCACCAGCAUGCAAGCUCUGCCCAACGCCAUCUGGAACACAGAGCAGCAGAAAUCGUUAUGGAAGCUGAGCGAUAUCUCUGACAAUGAAGGCUCGGGGUCUCUCAGGGCUAAGUUUGAGCUUUCCGAUGGCCCCUCCACCCCCUCCACCCUGGCGGUUCAGUUCAUGAGCGAGGGGAGCACCCUCUCAGGGGUGGACAUGGAGCUGCCCGGCUCUGGAUACCGCCUCUCCCUCAAUAAAAAGCGGUUUGCCACAGGGCGCUACAUGGCAGACUGCUGAGACAAACCUGGACUCCCUUGAGCACAACGGCUUCUAUACAACUAGGGUUAGGGUUAGUAACUAAGUUACUUUGUUUUACUUUCACACGUUCUCACUUUCUGUCCUGUUUUCGGAUGAAGGAUGAAGGCGGAAUCUUGGGGGAGUUUGGGACAGGCCUUGACUCUCUGGAACCAUCCGUGCAUUUUCAGGCCAGGUUCCCCUUCCCCUCCCCUUGGUUAGAGAGAAGACUACAGGAACACCGCACUGGGUAUGCAACACUGUUUCGAAUUUAAAAGAAAGAAAUGAACAGACAGAACUAAUGUGGAGUUGUCAGCAAAUGUAAAGUAAUGAGAUGGGUCUGAUGCUUUCUGACCUGUUCUGACUUUUAUAAAGUCAGAUAUGUAGUAUGUGUUGUAUAGGUAACAUAAUGUAUGGAUUAUAUAUAAAUCUAUGUUAUAUCUAAAAAGAAAAAAAAUGAAAGAAAAAAAUCUGCACUAACAAUCUCUACUUUCUGUAAUUCAUCGAAGCUCGAACACAGAAAAGAUGAUAUGAACGUAAACUACUCGCAUUUCUUUUUUCAUCCAUUCUUCCAUCUCUCUCCACUGUAAAUGCAAUUGCUGAUUGCUUUAAUUUACCAGACUGAACUC